UUAUUUUAUACACUAUCAAGUCAUUAUAAAAACAAUUAUCUGGAGCGUGUGUCCAGGUUAGUCAACAGUAGAAGUUUUUGUUUCAUUGAAAAAAUGAAUUGUACUAUUCAUCUUUACAUUUCUGUAAAAACCGUUCCAAUAGCACGAUUAAAUCCGAAAAAGUCGGUUAAGCACAUUUGUAUAUAGAUAUUUUUUGGUCAUCGUCGAAAAUAUAAGUAGUUUACUGGCCUAUUUACCGGAUAAGUAUAGAUUUUGCUGGAUAAACUUUAGAACCGAUGACAGUACCAAUCUUUUAGUGUUCUCAUGCUACUUCAAUUCACUCUCUUAGAAAAAAAUAAAAAAAGAAGCUCCCUAAUGAAUAUUAAUACGUCUGUAACUAGAUCGCGUAGGUUAAUGAUUUAUCUCAUAAAUAUACGUUUGAACUUGCUACAAAAUUGAAACAAGUCGGAAAAAUAUGGUCAAAACAUCCAAAACAAUAAACAACAAAUAAAAAAAUAAAACAAAAACCCACUUAUCUUUUACGAAUAGUAAAUUAACAACAAAAGCAACAAAUGGAAAUUGUUGUAGUAGGAGGUGAGAGUAGAACCAAGAUCUCAAUGAACAUUUUGUUAUUAUUGUUGUUGUAUUUUAGUGAAGUCAACUGAAUUGAAUAGAAAGAACAAAAUUGCAUGAGAGAUGACGAUUUGUAUACAAUUCGUAGUAUUUGUGUAAGUGUGGCGAUAUUUUUAAGAUACUAAUGAGCAAAAAUAUAUUAGAUAUCCAUGGAGCAUUUUAUGGCAACAAAAAAUAAAUAUUAGAUAGAAUCUUUUUCGAAACAAAACAAAAAAUAAAUAAAUCUCAGUCAAUUUUCAUUUGUGAAACAGAACAGUUUAAUAAUUCAAUAUUUUAAAAAAAUAUAUUCAAAACAACAGAACAAGCUGAUCAAUUUGUUAACCAUCUGAAGUGUGUUGAAAAUUAUAAAAAUUUUCUAAAUUGAUCAAAUAAAUAAGAUGGGUCUGGCUGCUACCACAAUUAAACACAUUUUGUUGCUUUUAAAUUUUAUAUUUACGGUCUUGGGUCUGAUAUUGAUUAGUUUUGGCAUAUUUAUUUUAAUAAGCGGAGCAGAAAACAAAGUCGAUCAUGGAGAAAAUGUGGCCGGAGGAAUUAUAAUAACUCUUGGUGUCAUCAUAUUAAUUAUUGCAAUAUUCGGUUGUUUGGCGGCCAUACAUGAAUCGAAAAGAAAAUUAAUAAUUUAUGUUUUGAUAUUGACAAUAUUAAUAUUGAUACAAUUAUUAUUGACGAGCAUGGCAUCGCAUGGUACUCAAGACGGUUUAGCCGGUAGUGUUAAGCAAGGUUUCGAUGAGUUGUGGCUCCUGGAAAACAAAGAACCUGGAGCACUAGCUUAUUAUGAAGAUUGGUUACAUUGUUGUGGUGUCAAUAGUACAGAAGAUUAUCGUCUAAUAAAACAUGAAAUACCGAAAACAUGUUGCAAGGAACACAAUUGCGCCUUUCCGGAAAAUAUCUACACAGAAGGUUGUCAAAUAAAAUUCGAGGAAUAUUUGUCUGAUAAAAUGCUGACAUUCACUAUUGUCAACAUUUUACUGAUCAUAGGAGAGAUUAUUGCUGCAAUAUUCGGCUGGCUUUUAUAUAGCAGCUUAAAAAACGAAAGUCGACGUUCAAAUCUUAGUUGGAUGUAAUUUAAAUAGUUUAAGUUAAAUGUUUUUAUUAUACUCGAUUGAUUGGAUUAAUUUGAAAAUAAAUAAAUAAAUUUUUCCAUUACAUUAAACUUUUA